AUGGUCUCUGCAAGACUAGUAGAUUUUCCAGAAGACAUAGAAGAUGAAACCGAUGUGGAGUUACCUCAGAUGAUGUUCGCGGAUGGAGAGGAACCAGUGGGCGUGAGGGUUCUGACUUACCAGUCCUCCCGAUCAAUCAGCUCCAUCGUCAAUUCUCUCAACGAAGAUGAGAUCCGAUAUCUGAGAGCUUCAUCUUUCGGUAAAUUAUUGGAGAUAGCAGAAAAACCGGCUUUUUCUGGUAGAUUUGUUAGAUAUCUACUCUCGCGUCAACUUAAGGUGCAAAAAAAACAUGAAGCGUGGUUUCGUUUUGCCGGUCACCCUAUUAGGUUUUCCUUGCGUGAGUUCGCCAUCGUCACAGGACUUCGUUGCGAUCAACUUCCCAAAAAAUCGCAGCUGAAGAAGAAAAAGAACAUCAACGAAAAACCUUAUUGGCCGCAGCUCUUUGGCAGUAUGGAAGAAAUGCGAGUUUCGAGGGUGGUGAAGAUGCUUCGCAAAAAUACCGUUACAGAUCCAGAUAUCCGGAUUAAAUUGGCAUGUCUUGCUUUAGUGUCGUCUGUGUUGCUGUCAACGAAUAUAAACAUGAAAAUGCUGAAGGAAGAUGAGAUAGCGUUAUCUCAGAAUACCAUCGCGUUAAAAGGUUUUGCCUUAGCUCUCCAGCUUGUAAUUGUAGAAGCGAAUCGGAAAGUGAAGAUGAUGAAACAGAGUACCCAUGUCUGCAAGGCGAAGAGGAAGACAUUGAAUCCGGCCCACGCCCGGGAAGUAGAUAGAAAAGCUGAGGUUGUUGUCAGCAGUAUUAUCCCCCAAGAUCCUCACCGCCCAAUCGAUGAAUCCGUUUUGAUUUGGCCAGACGAGGUGUUUGAUAAAAAAGUGGAAAACCUUGUGAAGCUUAUUAAUGAAAGUUAUGUGUUUACGAAGGAUAUGUUCAAAGGAGGAGCUACUAAUUCAGAUGUUCAGAAGAUGCGUGAAGCGUCAAAAAAUGUUUGUAAGAAGAAGCAAACAAGACAGUUAGAAACACAGAGUCUUGACGCUGCCGAAGGACAACUUGCUUCGGUUGUGUUUUCACUUCUCCAACCGGAGAUAAAACGGAUUGAUGGUAAUGUCUCUUCUGGAAUUGCGUCUAUGAAGAAGUUAGCAUCGUCGUCUCUCCACUACAAAGAUUCCGUGAUAGAGACUGUAGCGGGAAUGAUAAAAGAUAUGAAAUCAGAAAUUCUAGGAUCCCUAGCGGCGGGUUAUGCUCCUGUUGCCUCACAUGGUCACCAUAACAGCGUCUCAGCUGGCACUGUCUCUAAGACAGGUUUUACUAAACAACCGCAGCGUCUCGGCGACGCUGGUAAGGUUGAUGUAGUUUUUGAGGGUCAUCAUAUCAGCCCCUCAACUGGCAAUGUUUCUAUAGCUGGUUCUUCAAAACAACCAGAGGGGGUAGGGGAGGAUGAGAAUGCAAACACAAUCGAUAAUGUGUUGGAAAAUCUAAGCCAUUACUCAACCCCUCCCGGAUCACCACACAUUGGCGCUGUUUCAAACGCCCUAUGCGAGGAAGAAAAUUUAUCUAUACCGACGCGGGCAACGCCGGGUGCACACUCCCACCAGCUAACUGUCCAACUACGUGAAGCUAUCGACGGAACGGACACCAGCUCCAAACAAGAUACAUGUAACAUUCCUCCAGUAGCUCCUCUUCCUCGUCCCAACAACCAAGGCAGUUUAGGAUUCCGUCAAUAUUGUCCCUCUGGUGAACCAUCCUUCUCGUUGGGUCUGACUCAGGAUAAGGCUGCAUCAAGCCCUCAUGAACAAGAUCAGAUGGUAGUGAAUGAAAACGAAGUUGGUGUGGGGAGGCAUAAUGAUACAGUUAACUCUCGAAAAAGCAAACGUAUGCGGAUAGUGCCACCGUAUUUACUAACCGGUUACCAGUGCGAGAGUGCAAUAUUAAAUAUGGCCCGACAGGGACAACUUUGUGGGGGUAGCUACUACGAGAUGUCCGUGAUCCGUGAGAAGUAUGUGCGGCUGUCCACGCUACUUAAGAAACCAUGUGUUAUAAAUGUUGCGGGAAUUUCGGUUACACAGAAAGACAUUCUGGAUAUAGCGGACAGAAAUCGUUUGUUACCUGGAAAGGUCGUAGAUAUUCUUAUGCGUCUUGUUCGUUCCACCUUCGAUAAUCAAGUUAUGGGUAAAGCUGACGUCAGUGCUGCAUUUCUGGACAGUCGCUUUGCAUAUUUGUUGUGUAGGAACUACCCUAAAUUCAAGAUCCAGAAGAAUAAGGCGGCUUUUCUAUUCAGAAAGAGUCUCGUUGACGCUGUCAUGAAAAGCUGCUUAUGUUUGGAUUUCAGUGAAGCUAAACUUUAUGUUUUUGAUUGCAACCCUGGUUUGAACGCCGACUCCGCAAUUCUUAAAGACAUCAAACCAAUCGCAGAAAUGUUUCCAAACCUGCUGAAACAAUGUGGCGUCUCGGUUGCGGGUGUUGAUACGCCCCUGGUCGUACAAAGGAUCGAAGGCCUGGCGCAUAACACAAACCCUGGUGAUUCUGCAAUAACUACAUCAAUUCUGAUUCAAACACAUUCCCUGUUUGGGAUUGACCCCUGCCUUGCAAUUACUCCAUCAGUUAUCGCCAAUGAAGCACAUAGAGCUGCUGUUAUGGUCUACGAGUUCCAUGCCAAGCUGUAG